AUGCAGACGACUCGCUCAAACCUGGCUCGCUCCAAGACCAGCCCUGCGGAUCCUGUCCUCGCGCGCUCCAGCACAGCUUCUCUGCAACAUGUCUCGCACUCUACCAAUGUCCCGCUGUCUGAGCGCGACAGCAUCUUUGCCACGAGCUACCAGGGCGACACCCCCGUAACUUCUCCCCAUCACCCUCGCAAAGACCCGCCGAACGAAAGGCCCGGUCUGAUAUCGCAAGCUCUUCAGCGUAACCAAUUGCAACAACAAGACUUUGGCCACCCCACCGACCAACCCACCCAACCUCGAGACAACUCGCCCGCACAAACCUACGACCAAGGACCAAGCCUGCGUCACCAUCAGACCUCGCUCGCCCACGACGCUGCCAUGUCGGCCUCGUCGCUCUCGACCAUGCAACCCACCAUGACCGACAUGUCUAUGUUUUUCCAUACCCUACCGCACACUGAUCUCAAUCGUCUUCCCUACCAACUUAGCUCCCAAUCCAACCGACACUCGCUCUAUGAUCCGCAAUUGCCGCCUGCCCUCGAACGACCUGUCACGCCAAAUCUCGCCGACAAGUCGAAUCCACCAAAUGGAACAACCGUCGAAGACCUUCAGUCAAGUGCUCACCGUUCAUCCUACAGAGCUUGGCGACAAGGCCAAGGUCGCAUGGCUGGAAAAUCUAUCGCUGAAUCCCAGGGCAGGAACCUCAAUUCGGAAGAUAACGAUGUUGAUCGCAAAAUCGACGCCAAAAUGCCAAAGAUCGACCAGGGCCUCAAUGUCCGCAGCAGGAAGACCAGUCACUACCUCGGCCUCUUCAAGGACCACGACUCUGAACACGAAAAGCGUCGCGAAAAGAAAGAUAAAGCAAAGCAUACCGAAGAGCCACAGGAUAGGGACCAACAAGCCCUGUCCGCCAUCAAUGAACAUCACGAACAUGACGCCCAUGCUACCACCGAACUGCCUCCGUCGUUUGUUGUUAAUGAUAAUUUGUCCGCGAAGCCAUCAACCGACGACGAUGUCGUCAGCAUACCUCUGCCUACUCCAAGCACUUUCGAAAGAGAGGCCGAACAGGAGCCUGCGACCACAGAUAACCCUGAAGGUCGCCUUGCACAUCAAAUUCCACCUAGUUUGCUCGAGGAGAUCCGCAACCACCACAUCAUUCUAGGUCCCUCAAACAACAAGGCCCCAUCUGAUCAUACGCCCGUGUCCGAGUCGUGUGAAAAGGAGCUCCCACAAGAAACACGUCAUACGUCGCUUUUGACGAGUCAGGCACGACUGCUUCAACAAGAAGUAGCAAAGGAGGUGGAGGACGAGGAAUCAGACCAGGAACAGAUUUCUUCUGCUCAGUACAUCCCCCAUCGUGGCAAGUCUACACGUGCUGCUACUGCAUUACCCUUGUCCACCUCCGCCACUCAAGAUGAGGAAAAGGAGAUUCUAGCCUCGUCUCCUGUGGUCCAGCACAAUGUUCAUCCUCCUAUGAAGAAUUCUCUCGAGGCUGGCGUCGAUAUUCCGCAGAGCAACGUUGAGAUUGCGUUACUGUCAGAGGACGAGAGUCAAGUAUUGCAUGGUGAAAUUCCACUCUCCGACAAUCGUCAUUCCAAUGUGAUUCCUGCUGUUCAACCUUCAGAGUCCGAAUAUGACACCGAGUCUUCGGCCUACUCGCAAGAUCAAGAAGACGAAGAAGACGUUACCCCAACUCCUACUCCUACCAACAAGAGCGCGUUGCACAAUCGACCUCCGGCGAACAGCCAUGCACCCGAAGCUCAAUCGCAACCUCCUCCACUCGGUGCUGUCGAGCUGAAACCCUACAACCAUCAGGUGGGAGGUCACAGCACUGUCUACAGCUUCUCUCGUCAGGCUGUUUGCAAACAACUCAACAGUAAAGAAAACGAGUUUUACGAGAUCGUCGAACAAUACCAUCCAGAUCUGCUUGACUUUCUCCCUAGGUACAUCGGCGUUCUCAAUGUCACGUACAAGAAGCCAAACAAGAAGAAAAAGGACAAUCUCGACAAAUCAAAGUCUCCCGACAUGCAACCUCAGGACUUACAGUCUCCCAAAAAGGGAACAGCUAUGCUCGAAGAUAAGAAGGACACACCUCGCAUUGUCAGCCACUCACAGUCGCAAUCAAAUGCGGUGCCGGAGGUCAGUCUGAUCAACAAUCGUCAUAUACUGCCAGACUUUUUGAAGCGCACUCUGCCACCGAGACCUGCAACAGCCAUUCCUGCCCAUGUCAGCCAACCCAGUCGGCAGUCUCGUCCUCACUCUAUCAGCGAGAUGAUGAGCGACCGACGGCCCUCAUACUCUCCCGAAACAAACCAUAAAGAUCGUCCACCUUUGCGUCAACAAGCCAGCUGGGGCGCCACUAGCGUUAAUCAAGACUUGAAGCUGCAGGUAUUCCGAGAUGUCUUCUCGCCUCCUCUUAUUCAUCGCCAUGAUCGACGGAGCAGGAACCAUCAUGGUAGAAACAUCAGGAGAAUUCAACAACGCGAGUCGAUGCCGUCGCUGCCAGAUACCGAAAUAGCGAGCAAUCCCCAGAGCUUACACGAACGCCGUAACAGCGCCGAUGUCUCGGCCAUGCAAACACCUCCAUCACCUGCCGAUGCUACGCGUAGACUUGCAAUCAAAAACCAUCGAGAGCUCAAAUCACCGCACAACAGCGUGCAAUCCCUCGACAAUUAUAUAAUCAGUCCGCGUAAAGAGCAGCCGUUGAGUAGCGAAAGCAAGAGUAUGGAGAAUUCAGAAGCAGAUAAUCAUCUAGUACAGGCCUACAAGACGCCCAGACGUCGUCACUCUGGAAGUGGUCUGCGUAGAAAGAAGGCCGACAUAGAUGCUUCUCGGGGUGAUCUCGAGUAUCACGAGGAUGAGGGCUACCGUGGUGAUGGCGAGGACGUCUUUGCAAUGGAUGACCUCGAAGGAUCUCCGACCAAGACGACCAGGUCUACUGGUGCGCCUGAAAAGCUUCAGAAUGAUCCUAACUUCAAUAUCAACCCGGCUUUGAACGCCCCGGUCCUGGGCAACCCAAUCGAUUUGGGACAAGUAUCACGUAGCCCUGACCAAGGCGUUGAAGACCCCGGACGUAUCGCACACUUCAUCUUGCUUGAAGAUCUCACAGCAGGCAUGGUACAUCCGUGUGUACUGGAUUUGAAAAUGGGCACUCGUCAGUACGGUCUUUUUGCUGAUGAAAAGAAGCAAAAAUCUCAAGGACGCAAGUGCAAAAUGACCACAUCCCGCGAGCUGGGUGUUCGCGUGUGUGGCAUGCAAGUCUGGAAUGUCAAGACUCAAUCCAACAUCUUCGAAGACAAAUACUUCGGCCGAGAUCUCAAGGCUGGCAGCGAGUUCCAGGCCGCACUGACACGCUUCUUCUUUGAUGGUAUCAGCCAUGGCAGAGCGCUCAAGCACAUCCCGGUUGUUCUGGACAAGAUUACUCAACUCGAGCGCAUCGUGCGAAAACUGCCCGGAUACCGCCUGUAUGCAAGCUCACUACUGAUGAUAUACGAUCGUGGCGAUGUAGAUGAACAGGGCAAGCCUCGCCAAGCUCCACAGCAACAAACUGAUGGUGAGAGUGGUACCGGUUCGCCAAGCACAAAGAACCAAAUUCUGCUCAAGAUUGUCGACUUUGCCAACUGCGUAACGGCUGAAGACAUUGAAACCAAGGCUUCUGCCACUUGUCCUCCCCGAGAUCCUGACGGCGUAGACAGAGGAUACCUACGUGGGCUGCGUACACUCAGAUUGUACUUCCAGCGUAUCUACGAACAACUGGUUGCCGAAAAGGGUGGAUUUGUCGAGAGGGGUGAAGGUGAGGGCAUGGCUACUCAGUCCAAUGGCGGUGCUGGAUUUGGAGGAGGCGCUGGCUUGGAUGCCCACAGCAGCUUUGCAUGGAGCGAUGCCUUGGUUGAAGAGGAUCCAGGUGAGGUCAGCGCUUGA